UGGGAGCCGCCAUGGCGGCCUUGCUCUCCUGCCUCGCCCUUGCCGUCGUCGAGGCGAAGGCUUGGUUCGGUGCGACGCCGCCCAAAGUGGAUCACACGUUCCAUCGCCGCGGCUGGACAUCGUGCGCUCUUUGCGGGGGCGCUGAGCGGCUCGGAGCCACUGUGGAAGUCGGCAACCUGCGCGAGCUCGACGCCGCGGGCGCUUCGACUCUUCUCGACGCGGUGCGCGCGCACGGAGUGGUCGUCGUUAAGGGACAGAAUCUCACGCGAGCACAGCAGGUGGAGUUCACCGCGGCUCUCGGCGAGACAGUCGUGCUGCCCUCGUCCUUCGAGGGGAAAGACCCGGAGCCGUUCCACCCUGCGAUCCAGCGCAUCACCAACUUCUGGGCCAACGGGACGUGGAAGGGCCCGACCGCACGCUUCGGCGCCUACUGGCAUCAGGAUGGCCAAUUUUGGCAGCCCCCGCGUCACAACAUCCUCUCGAUUCUCCACGCGCAGGAGACGCCGCCCUCAGGCGGCGAGACCGGCUUCGCCGACCUGCGCGCCGCGCGGCACACGCUGUCUGCGCCGCUCCUCGCGCGCGCCGCCAACGCGUCGAUCCGCACCUCGGUGAGACAGAUCGCCGACUUUGCAAAGGGCGACGAGGAGGACCUUGCGGCCUUCCCCGACGCCGAGCACCCCGUCCUCGACGCGCACUGGAUGGACGGUGGACCCCUCCUGUACGUCGGCUCGCCGCACAUGGAGGUGGUCGGCCUCGAGACGGCGGAGGCGGGCAAGGCGCUGCUGACCAUGCUGCUCAUGCACGCAACCUCGCCCGCCUUCACCUACUUUCACGCCUGGGAUGUGGGCGAUGUGCUCGUGUGGGACAAUACACAGACGCUCCACCACUCCUUUCCGUACGACAACGAUGGCAGCGCCAAGCGGGAGCUCUACCGCACGCAGGCGCGGAUGCGGCCGGCCGCCACCAAGGAGGAGCUCUGACGUCGAGCUCUGUGAGCUGUAGAACUAGAGCCGGCGAGACCUGUUUGUGUCCUUGUGCGAUUGUGUGUUUUGGAUUUCGUGUGCCGGUGUUGUGCGCUGAGCGGAGGGACUUGCCAGUUCUAGGUAGCAUGUGUGUAGGUGUACGUCGCGUGCGGCAUCGGGAGUUUGCGCGCGCGUUAUUGUGAAGUAUUGCUGUUCGUAUAGC